CUCGGAUAUUGAACGACUCUCAAAUUGAAAAUUGGAUACGGCGAAGAGAAUUUUAAAGAAUCGAUUUAUCUGCAGUUAGGACGUUUUCUUGGAUAUCGGUAGUAGAUCGAUACAGGACAUUCUGAGGGCGAUUUCAAAUAACGAUCAACAAUGGCAUAUUUUCCUCUUUGGUACAUAGUUUGGGUCGUCAUUGGUGCAGUUACCUUGGUCAUGUUGGCUCUGUCUAUUUAUAAAGCCCAAAUGAGAUACAAAAAUCGAAUAUCUGUGGUGCAUACGACUCAGAGAGCACCUAUACAAGUUACUGCUACCAGCACUUCGAACGCACCCUUACCACCACCGUUGUCGAACCCAGCUUAUCCACCACCGUAUCCACCGAUGUAUCCACCACCGUCAUACAACGAAGCUCUGAACCAAUCACAGUAUCCGCCUGUGGCCUCGCCCUUUCGGCCUGGUCAAAUGACGCAAGGACAACCAACGAUCGAAUAUGGCCCUGGAGCAUACCAUAAAUAAUUCCAAAGAUUCUUUUAAUCCCGUAAAAAAGCAGCUGAAUUCAUCAACAGUAACAAUAAGUGUUAUAUUAUUUUUUCCUGCCAAUGUAAAUAUUAAAGUGCCUUUGUUAAUUCG